CUUUCCUUCUUCACUCUUCACCUUCCACCUUAUAAAACCCUAAUCUCUCCACAAUUCUUCACAAUUCAAUCCUUUUCUUUAAGCGUUCUUUGAAUCAUUCAAACAAACGCUCUGAUCUUUGAUUUUGAUUUUGAUUUUACCCUCUGAAACGCAUCUUCCUCUGUUUUUCGUUGAGCUUAAAAACAGAGUCUCUGUAAUCAAAUCUCAAGAACAUCAAGAACCCAUUUAGUAUCUGGGUUUUGAUUCAUUCCUCAUGGGUUUGUCCCUCUCGCUCCUUGUUUCUGCCUGGAAGGAAAUUUUAGAUCAAGGACUUUUAAUCAUAUGCAAAAAUCGCAGUUUCUCUGCUCGAGAAACGGCUCUGAUUUUGAGAUCAAAUAGCUUCAAAAUUACAGAGCAACAACCCACCACGACCAGACCAACAAGAACCAAACCCAAUAGCUUAAAAGGAAGUAAGCCUGAGAGAGUGAUUCUUGAAAGGAAUCUUUCGUUUAAGUCGCUGGUUGAAGAUACGGGUUUCAGUUUCUCUGUUUCUGCUGACAAAAAUGGUGGAUCGGAGAGUUUUGAACCGGUGAGUCCGGCGGUUAUGUACUCUCCGAGGCCGGUGAGUGAGUUGGAUGCGGCGGCGGUGAAGUUGCAGAAGGUUUAUAAAAGUUACAGAACGCGAAGGAACCUGGCGGAUUGUGCGGUGGUGGUUGAAGAAUUGUGGUGGAAGGCGAUUGAUUUUGCGAAUUUGAAACGGAGCUCUGUUUCGUUUUUUAACAUUGAGAAGCCGGAAACCGCCGUGUCGCGGUGGGCAAGAGCUAGAACAAGAGCGGCUAAGGUCGGAAAGGGUUUGAGUAAGGAUGAAAAGGCUCAAAAAUUGGCUCUUCAGCACUGGCUAGAAGCUAUCGAUCCACGCCAUCGCUACGGCCACAAUUUACACUUAUACUACGACGUCUGGUUCGUGAGUGAAAGCAAUCAGCCAUUCUUUUACUGGCUGGAUAUUGGAGAUGGCAAAGAAUUAAGCCUGGAAAAGUGUCCAAGAGCAACACUUCAGAAGCAAUGCAUCAAAUAUUUGGGUCCGAAAGAAAGAGAAGCCUAUGAAGUAGUCGUCGAAAAUGGGAAGCUGGUUUACAAGCAGAGCGGAUCCAUAGUGGAAACCCAGGAAGGUUCUAAGUGGAUAUUUGUUCUUAGCACUACAAGAUCCUUAUAUGUUGGCCAGAAAAAGAAGGGCCAAUUUCAACACUCCAGUUUCCUCUCCGGCGCCGCCACCACCGCCGCCGGCAGAUUAGUUACCCAUGAUGGUGUCAUUCAGGCAAUUUGGCCAUACAGUGGUCAUUAUCAUCCCACAGAAGCCAAUUUCAAUGAAUUCCUCAGCUUCCUUAGAGAAAACCAUGUCGAUCUCACCAACGUGAAGAUGUGUUCGAUUGACGAUGACAGUCAAUAUAAGGCCGUCGAUGUGGAACAGAAACCAGAAUCACGCGAGGGUUCCUUCAAAUCUACACCGUUGGAUGAAGCCAAAUCGACGGUUUCCAUUGAUUCAGUAGAGAAAAAGAUGACAGCAGCCAUGCCGCCGGUGGCUCGGAAGAAAUCGGAGGAAUUGCCGGCGAAGCAAUUCGACAUGUCGAAACGGUUGUCGUGCAAAUGGUCGACCGGAGCCGGACCUAGGAUUGGGUGUGUUCGGGACUACCCAGCUGAGCUACAAACGAGAGCACUGGAACAUGUCAACUUAUCACCUCGGGUGGGCCCUGGGCCGUUGGUUAAUUAUGGGCCCAUUCCUUCUCCACGACCAAGCCCAAAAAUUAGGCUCUCACCAAGGCUGGCUUAUAUGGGCCUUCCCAGCCCAAGAACUCCAAUCCCUACAGCCAGUUAGGCCCAAAAUGGUUUUGCUAGCUCGGCCCAACAAUAGCUGGAAAUAGUCGAUCCAAUUGUUUCAUUCUUUGUUUUUAAAAAAAAUAAUAUUCUUCAAUUUUUAUUAGGAGGCCUAAUUGAGAGCCAAGAGUAAUUUGAUUUGGCUCGAGGUUAUUGUUACAUCAAUUUUUACUGUUAAAAGAAUAAGGUUGAGUUAUCAAUAAUCCCAUGGUUGUAUUAUGACUA